CACGGAAACCCUAAGUUUUUAAUAGUUCUUCUCCAUAUCUGUAGAGAUGAUCAGGACGCAGAUUCUACAACGACGCUAAUCAUAGUAUAUAUCAACCAUUGUUUGACUCGUCGCUCCUACAAAACCGUAUCGGCUGUGAAGACGCAUUUAGAACGAUGGCGUGAACUAGGGGAUCAAGUGAAGCCGUCUUAUGUCAGAGGCCUCGUUGAAGAUUUUCGUUCCACCGAACAGUUUUCUAAAGCCCUUGAGGCAUCGGAGUGGAUGUGUGAACAAAGGGUCUUUAAUGUUUUUCCGGAGGAUUAUGCAGCUAGACUUAAUCUGGUUGAGACUGUACUUGGUUUGGAAGAAGCGGAGAAAUUUUUCGAAAGAAUCCCCGAAAACAUGAGGGAUUACUCUGUCUACGAAAAUCUCUUGAGAUCUUACACUAAAUCUGAGAAAACACUAGAUAAAGCUGAGGACACGUUUGAGAAGAUGAGAGAUCUCGGUUUCCUCUCGAAACCUUCCCCGUUCGACACUAUGAUUUCUCUCUACCGUAAACUCAAUAAACGAGAUAUGGUCAAGAAGCUUAAAUAUGAAAUGAUGGAAAACAAUGUGAAGAUCGAUAGACCCAUUGAGCUUAAUGUUUUGUCUAUAGUAAGCGAUUUUAAAAGAGACUAUCUGGACCCGUUAUGGAAUAAGUACAAGAAGGAAGGAAAGCUGAUGGAUGAUGAAUAUCGAAUUAGGAUUAGCUAUUUGUUGAAGCUGGAUGAUGUACAAGGAGCAGAGAAGAUAUAUCAAAAAUGGCAACCGACAGGACCGAAGCUGGAUAUGAGCGUACCAGGUUUGCUGAUUUCGCGGUUUCGUGCGGAAGGGAAUGAAUCCAAGGUUGAGGAAAUGGUUAAUUCGAUAAGAAUGAAGAGAAUUGUGAUGCAUUUGGCGACGUUAACACUACCUUUGAUCAAUUUGGGGUUGACUAUAGUCGUGCUUGCCAUUAUGGGUGCCAUUAUCACCGCCAUUGUUAAAUGCAAUGUGUGGCUCUUUCAACAGUAUCCCUUGUUAUGUGUGUUAUUUUGUGGGCAUAUCAUUCAAGAGUACCCCAUUUUGUUUGCUUCGAUUUUCUUUUGUAUAAUCAGUAGUUACUAGAUGAAAUCCUACCGCUUUUUACAUUUGAUUUUUGGGAAGAUUUAUUACAUUUAACAACCCAUAUUUGUUUUACUUUGAAAGAUAUUUAUAUUUACGUUGUGACUUGCAUAUACCAAGAAAAUCAAAGGAUGUAAUGUUGCUCAGCAAUCGCAGAGACCAAAAACUUGUAUCAGUUGAACACUCUUUACGGAAAAAAAAAAUCAAUGGAUGUCUAAUGUUUAAUAGACUACUAGAUAUGGACCCGUGCGUU